UCCUUCAUGUUAAACUGAGAAUUUGCAGCAGUUUUUGUUCUAAGCCUAACUGUUAAAGUGGAACACAGUGAGUUAUUCUGGGGCACAAUCAUGGAGAAAAAAAAUCUGAUAAUUUGGUCAGUAUGUCUUGCUGUUGUUUUAUCAACAGUUAUAGGAAUGAUAAUAUUUAUAAAAAUUCAACACAAAAUCUGUGGACCCGAAACAGAGAAGUCUUUACAACUGAAACACAACGAGGAUAGCUUGGUUUUUGCAGAUUUAACCCCUGAGGAACUUACUAAGGUGGUGGAGUACAUCAAGAAGGACUUCAAUGAAGAUUUUGUGGACAUCUCCAAGGCUGAACCUAAUUCAAAUUGCAUAUACUCUGUGCAACUCCAGCUCCCCAAAAAGCAAGAUGUCCUUCAAUAUUUGGAUAAAGGUGGGUCAAAACCUAAAAGAGAGGCAUUGGUUGUGGUUUAUUUUGGAAGCAAAAAAGAACCUGAAGUUAAAGAGUAUGUGGUAGGACCUAUUCCAAAACUGGCAUACAGAAAAGAUGUUACUUUUCAAAAAUAUAAAAGUCAACUUCCUUACUACCGAAGGCCAGUGAUUGGCAACGAAUAUAAACAACUGAUGAGACACAUCACUGGUAUUGAUUUCCCCAAGGCAGCAACAUUUCUAAAAAAUGUUUUGGGAUAUGAUGGUUCUGAUAGUGAUUACUUCUAUUUUUUAACCAGUGCUCCACGGGGUUACAAAUCUGGAGACAGGGAUACUUGGUUUGCUGUUUUUUUUAACACCCAUGGCAGUGGAUUCUAUCUGCACCCUGUAGGAUUGGAACUGAUGGUAAACCACAAGAGCAUGGAUAGGACCAAAUGGAGAGUAGAAAAAGUAUUCUACAAUGACCAAUACUUUGAAAGUUUUAGAGAACUGGAAGAUAAAUAUAGGAGCGGGAAACUAAAUGUUGUUGAAAUGAGAAAACCUCAGCCUAAAGAUGACAUUGGUUAUAUGAAAUCCCACAGAACUGCAUUAUAUGACAUCCCCAUGCAGUAUGAGCCACACGGGCCACGUUACAGUGUUAAAAAUAAUCAAGUUUUAUUCCACCACUGGAGUCUUGCAUUUGGUGUCAAUGUGAACUCGGGACUAAGAUUAUAUGACAUAAGGUUUAAGGGUGAGAGAAUAGUGUAUGAAUUGAGCAUUCAAGAAGCCAUCUCAAUUUAUGGAUCAAAUGCACCAGCGGGGAUGUUAACAAGGUACAUGGAUGGACACUUUGGAAUUGGCCGUUUUAUCUACCAGCUUGUACGUGGAAUUGACUGUCCUUAUGUUGCUACCUACGUAGACACAUAUUAUCAUUUGGAUUCAGACACAUGGGUACGCAAUAAGGAUUCCAUCUGUAUAUUUGAACAUAACUCAGGCCUUCCACUUAGACGCCACUCAUCAGGCCUCGGUUCAUAUUACUAUGGAGGCUUAGCUAACACAGUUCUAGUUGUAAGGUCUAUUGCUACCUUGGGCAACUAUGAUUAUGUCUUUGACUUCAACUUCUAUCAGAACGGUGCUAUUGAAACAAAAGUUUAUGCCACGGGAUACAUAAGCUCAUCUUUCUAUGUGGAAGGGGGAAAAGAUUAUGGUAAUCGAGUUGGCCCACACACUCUAGGAACAAUCCACACUCAUUUUAUUAAUUACAAGAUUGAUCUGGAUGUUGGAGGUACUAAUAAUUCAGUAGUGGCUCAUGAUAUGGAAUUUGAGGCCUUGAAAGUUCCCUGGAAUUCACAAUGGGAAAUACAACGAACAAAGUUAAUCAAGAAAGUCUUAAAAACAGAGACCCAAUCAGCAUUUGAAUUGAAUUCUAGUAUGCCAAGAUAUGUCCAGUUUGCAAGCAACCAGAAGAACAAAUGGGGCCAUGAGCGUUCCUAUAGGCUGCAGACGGUCAGCUUUGCUGGUGACUACCUACCAGAGACGAGUGCAAUUCAUAAUUCUAUGAACUGGGCCAAGUACAAGCUAGUCAUCACCAAUCUCAAAGAUGAAGAGCCUCAAAGCAGCAGCAUUUACAAUCAAAAUGACCCCUGGUCUCCGACAGUCAAGUUCUCUGAUUUCAUCAAUGAUGAAAACAUUGAAGAUAAGGAUUUGGUUGCAUGGAUCACAACUGGAUUUCUGCAUAUUCCUCACGCAGAAGACAUUCCAAAUACUGUGACAGCAGGGAAUGGAGUUGGUUUCUACUUGAGACCUUACAACUAUUUUAAUGAGGACCCUUCAGUCCAUUCUCUUGAUGCUGUUUAUUUCCAACCACAUGAAAAAUAUAACUCAUGCAGUGUUAAUCCACUGGCCUGCUUAUCAGACACAGUGUCUUGUUCUCCAAAACUACCUCCCUUUUCCUAUAAUGGGUUUGAUAACAGUUUUUCCGCAAUAUAGGGUCUAUAUUUUAUGGUUAGACAAUAUAUGCUAAUUAAAAGAUAAUUCCCACAUCUAAAGCAUAACUGAAACUAGCACUGAAACCAUGUAUCACUUUUGUGUAAUAAAAAAAAGAAAAACAGCAA